CCAGGGGGAGCUUCGCUCCGAGCUGAGGUGGGCGGAGGAGACGUCAGUCGGUGCGGUCUAUGGCGGCCUUCGCUCGGGCUCGGGGAACUCUUACGCUUCUCCUUCACUCGCCGGCCAGCAGCCUCGCCGCUUGACGUGGACCGGUCUAUCUCCCCACUCCCUCCCUCCCUCCCCUCGCCCUUUCGGAAGCGCCGGUGGUCUCCGAGCGGCGGGACGACGCCGGAGUGCGGACGAGCCGCGGCUUGGCGCGGAGGACGCCGGGAUAGGAACGGCCGCUGGCCUGCGCGAGGCCGGUAACCUGGGAGACCGGCGCGUGGCUACGGGGUCGUCGGCGGGAGCCCCUGUUGCCAGUGGCGGGCGGGCGGCGGCGGCAGGCGGAGCCCCGCGUCGUCUCCUCCGUUACAUCCUGAACAGCACAUACUUACCGACAAGAAUAGAACAACGGUUUUGUCAUUUGUCGAUUUGUCACUAUUUAAGUAAUUCACUGGAAGAUUGAAGAACUGCAAAGAAAAGUAGGUCCUGGAACUGAUCAUUGAACCUUGGAAUCAAACUGAAGAAAAUUAAUGUAAAAGGAUGACCAAACUCAAAGACUGGAAGCUGUGACUGAAAUAUGCUUCUCUGAGUGGAAGAUUUCAUGGAAAAGAUGAAAAAAUUUAAGCGACGACUUUCUCUAACCUUGCGUGGCAGCCAAACAAUUGACGAGUCUCUAUCAGAGCUUGCAGAGCAAAUGACCAUUGAAGAAAAUAGCAGUAAAGAUAAUGAGCCAAUUGUGAAGAAUGGCAGGCCUGCAACAUCGCACAGUAUGCACUCCUUUCUCCACCAGUACGCAGGCUCUUUCAAAAAGCCCCCUCUACGGAGACCCCAUAGCGUGAUUGGUGGGAGCCUCGGCUCUUUCAUUUCCAUGCCCAGGAAUGGUGGUGGUAGACUAGAUAUUGUACAUGAGAAUUUGAAAAUAGGUUCAGAUGGUGAGAGUGAUCAAGCUUCUGGAACGUCAUCCGAUGAGGUGCAGUCACCCACACGUGUUCGAAUGCGAAAUCACCUACACAGGAGAAUCUCCAUGGAGGAUGUCAACAAACGGCUGUCAUUACCUGCUGAUAUUAGAUUACCUGAUGGAUAUUUGGAAAAACUGCAGAUGAGCAGCCCACCUUUUGACCAGCCAAUGAGUAGAAGAUCUCGCAGAGCUUCUUUGUCUGAGAUCGGAUUUGGGAAACUAGAAACCUACAUUAAGUUGGACAAACUUGGAGAGGGUACCUAUGCAACAGUGUUUAAGGGAAGAAGUAAGCUGACUGAUAACCUGGUGGCACUGAAAGAAAUCAGGCUGGAGCAUGAAGAGGGUGCACCUUGUACAGCAAUACGGGAAGUGUCAUUACUGAAGGACUUGAAGCACGCAAACAUAGUCACUUUACAUGAUAUUAUUCACACAGAAAAGUCAUUGACACUAGUCUUUGAAUACUUGGACAAAGACCUGAAACAGUACAUGGAUGACUGUGGAAACAUAAUGAGCAUGCACAAUGUGACGAUAUUUUUAUUCCAGAUUUUAAGGGGCUUGGCCUAUUGCCACAAACGGAAGGUGUUGCACCGAGACCUGAAACCGCAGAACCUGCUGAUUAAUGAAAGAGGGGAGCUGAAGCUUGCCGAUUUUGGUUUGGCAAGAGCAAAGUCAGUUCCUACAAAGACGUACUCAAAUGAGGUUGUAACUUUAUGGUACAGGCCUCCAGAUGUUCUCCUGGGUUCUUCAGAGUAUUCAACACAGAUCGACAUGUGGGGUGUCGGGUGUAUCUUCUAUGAAAUGGCAGCUGGAAGACCUCUUUUUCCUGGUUCCACUGUAGAAGAUGAAUUGCACUUGAUUUUCAGGUUACUAGGAACGCCCACAGAGGAGGCAUGGCCAGGAAUAUCUUCAAAUGAAGAAUUUAAGGCUUACAACUUUCCCAAAUAUAAACCACAACAAGUGAUAAAUCAUGCACCAAGACUGGACACAGAAGGAAUUGAUCUGUUAUCAAGUUUUUUACAAUACCAAGCCAAGAAGAGAAUUUCUGCAGAUGAUGCCAUGAAGCAUCUUUAUUUUAAAAGUCUUGGAACAAGGGCACACACUUUACCAGAUGGAGCCUCAGUAUUUUCAUUAAGUGAAAUUCGGUUGCAGAAAGAUCCUGGCUACAGAACCUCAUCAUAUCCAGAGACAGCACAUGGGAAAAACAGAAGACAGAGCAUGUUGUUCUAGACUGUCGUGCAAAACAAUAGACUUGAGUUCCAUUGGCUUGCCAUUUUACAUCGGGGCUACCCAGGAUUUUGAUCUGAAGACAACAAUUUCCAUUAUGUAGAGUGGAUUAGACUUGAACAACAACGUCUCCUUUACUGCCCUUCUUGCGAUGUAGUCUUUUCUUCAGAUAUAUAGAUUGUUUUAUAUUUGCAGGGUCACAGUGUGACAUUUUCAUUAUAUAUAUUGUACACACUAGUGUGUAUGUGUGUGAAGUAUAUAUAAUAUAUGCAUGUACAUACACACACAUAGAGAAAACAGUUAUAUGAUUCACCUCUGCUGUUAAUAGCCAGUAAGUUACAGCAGCUGUUGUAACUUUAGCUGCAGUUUUGUGCAGUGCUGGAAACAAAAGUGCUUAUUUAUUGGGGAUCAUUGCUGCUAAAAGACUACUGUCCAUGAACCACAUUGUGGUGGUAAUAGAGGAAAAUGUGAGUGGCUUGUGAAUGCAUCUGUUUCUCCCAGUUCCUAUUUCCAGCAUUUUGCAAAUUUGACUGUGAUGUUUAGUUGCAAAUGCUCUUAAAUACAUAAUAUUAGAACUGCCUCACCUUGUGAUGAGCUAUCUUGCAACCUCAAAGCUCAUAGGUUAGAACAUUUCAAUUUGUUUUGAAAAUAUAUGGCCAACAGACUAAUUAAUUAGUGUAUUUUUUUUUAAAUCUUAAGGAAUUGAGCUUUCAACCUGCACUUCCAUUGCUGAACAUUGUCAAAUUAAUUGCACCUAUUAUUUUUCCAUGUCACUUUAUGAAGACAUUGGAACUCAGCGAGUUCAGUUUUGUAUCUGAUCUCGGCUGUAACGUCUGCUGCAUCAUUUUAUAAUGAUUUCACUACAAAACGUGUAUCUCGAUGGGUGUCAUAAGUAGGCUUUUGUUAACAGUGUUUGUUUGUUUGACUUUCCAAAUAAUGGUUUCAGUGGACCUACAUUUUAGGGACCUACAUUUUAGGAUUACUGUUAAUAUAUAAUUGUCGAGAUAUUGGACUUGUAGCAAAUGUAGUUAAUCAUUGACAAUAUUUUUGGACUGUAAACUUAUUCAGGGUCCUACCAUUCUCAUAAAUUUCAAUAGGUUGUUAUUUAACAGUGUUAAGAAUAUUUUCUAUGUUUAAUUUUAUUUGUGAACUGUGAUGAUGGCAUGUUGUAAAAGUGUUUAUUUGUAUUUUGCGUUAUGACUGACUGAUUUUAAUUGGAAUUUUGUAAGAGAAAAAAAGAAACCGACUAAUUAGUAACAUGGUGUAUUGGACCACUACUGCUUAUCAGAAUGAUUCCGGGCUGAAAUUUGUAUAUCUAACUAAAACUGCUGUGCUAUUUCUGAUUAAGAGUGCUAUUUUUUCCUUGAAAUUAUAAAUAUUACAGUGCAUUCCUUGUUUUAACUGAUCACGGUUCUUUGUGUAAAGUGUGGCCUUUCAAGGUGUAAUGAAAUUUUUACCACAGUUAAUUUUAAUGAUUGGUAACAUUCAGCUUAAAAAAAAGUUUCUAAAUAACAGCUUAUUCUGACACACUUUGUUGACCUUUAGAAACUUUCCCAAGAGUAAUUUGGUCAGAGAUGGUGAAACUCCUCUGAUGUAACUUUUUAAGUGUGAAGGAAGGUCGAUCUUUUCUUCAUUGGAAUAAAGACAAAGAUGAUGGACAUUUAUUCUACCUUAAUUCCUCAAUUUACAAGCUUUUGCAAAAAUGCCAUUAACACUUAGGGUGCAUGUAAUCGAUUUACAGAGCUAUUUUUCACUAGAACAAACUGUGCGCUACUCUCCUCAUGUAGGAAUACUUUUCUGAAAUGCAGUGCACUUUGCCUAGUCUUUGAUUUUCAAAUAUCACUUAACAAAACACUUUCCAGGAAUGCACCCCUUUCAUAAAUAGAAGAAAGGCUGUAAAAUUCUUUAUUAGGAGCAAACUAAUCAUUGUCCAAGUGUAGGUUCCUGCUACGAUUGCUGUUUUGCCAUCUCUCCUUAGCCUAAAUUGGAAUGAAAGUGUUUUCCAUUUUCGUCUAGAAAUGUUACUGCUAAUUUUUUUAAAAACUGUGUAUAAAUAUCCAAAAACAAGUUACUGGAAAAAAAUGAAAGGAAGCAGAAAAGUAAUUGAAAUGGUGGGUGUUUUUCCUCCAAAUUAAUCUUUGUGGCUUCAUACCAACACCAUCCUCUCAUAUGCUGCAAUAAUUUAUCUUCAGCUACUGAAAACAGAACAUGCUAGAAACACUCAGCAGAUCAGGCAGGGUCAGUGGAGAGAGAGAUAAACAGGGUUAAUGUUUCAAUCUGAUGAAAAAUCAUCAACCCAGAACACUUUUUUCUAAUUUUCCUUUGACAUGGAAGGAGGCUACACUGCCCCAUGGAAUGCACCGGCUUAUAAAGCGAUCCCACUCCCCACUAAUUGUUGCUGUAACCUGUUCUUCUCUUGUUUCCAUCAAUUCUUUCUGGAUUCUGCCACUCACCGACACAUGAGGGGCAAUUUAGAGCGGCCCACCUACCAACCGUUCACCUCUGGGACGUGGUAGGAAACUGGAGCACCCGGAAAACCCCCACAGGUCACAGGGAGAAUGUGCAAACUCCACACAAACGGCACCCGAGGUCAGGAUUGAGCCCAGGUCACUGGAGAUGGGAGGCAGCGGCUCUACCUGCUGUGUCACUGUGCUUCCCUCCACAGACACACUCGAUCUGCUGAGUAUCUCUAGUACACCUAUCAUAGCAGCAACACACUGUGUCCAGAAUUUGAAUUUCAGGACUGGACUGAGGAAACCUGCUGCUGUUUUAUUGUGGAUUAGGUGCA